AUGUACGUGUUCCAGCUCUUCGACUACUACGCGGCCAGCGGCAUGUGUCUGCUCUUCAUGGCCAUCUUCGAGACGGUUUGCAUCGCCUGGGUCUACGGUGCCGACCGCUUCUACGACAACAUCGAGGACAUGAUUGGCUACCGCCCAGGGCCUUACAUCAAGUACUGUUGGUUGUUCUUCACCCCGGCAACGUGCAUGUACAACAAUGAGUACGUGUACCCGUGGUGGGGGUAUGUGAUUGGCUGGCUGCUGGCGCUCUCCUCCAUGGUCUGCAUCCCCCUUUGGAUGCUGUAUAAAGUCUGCACCACUCAGGGAACGCUCAGGCAGCAGGAGAGGCUGCUGGCCAUUUUUGCCCCCGAAGGAGAAGCCACAAAACCCACCAACGGCUAUUUCCCCGUCCCAGAGAGGGACCCCAACCUAUCGAGCCCCAUUAACGACGUCAGCGUGUAG